CGACAAUCGAGUCGCUCUGAAGUGUCCGGGGCCGAGGCCUACAGACUUUUUGUGGCUGUCUGACUUUAUUAAAAAUUUGCCGUCAAUGUGCAGAUCUCGGUGGCCGUUUUGAGCGCGUGCGGACCGAUGAAGCGUUUGGUCCUGUGAAAGGAGCGCGAGACGGUCGGAAGCGUUAGCCAGCUAGCCGCAGCUAUUGCUAACUCCCAGCGAGGAAGUGAGGAACGAAAAAUGACAUCUCGGAGGUGGUUCCACCCCAACAUCACAGGUGUGGAGGCUGAAAACCUCCUGUUGACUCGUGGUGUGGACGGAAGCUUCUUAGCCAGGCCCAGUAAGAGUAAUCCAGGGGACUUCACUCUCUCAGUACGGCGGAAUGGAGCUGUCACCCACAUUAAGAUACAAAACACAGGGGACUACUAUGACCUUUACGGUGGGGAGAAGUUUGCCACUCUGGCAGAACUGGUGCAGUAUUACAUGGAGCAUCAUGGGCAACUGAAAGAGAAAAAUGGAGAUGUUAUUGAGCUGAAGUAUCCACUCAACUGUGCGGACCCCACCUCAGAGAGAUGGUUCCACGGGCACUUGUCAGGUCGGGAGGCCGAGAAGCUGCUGACAGAGAAAGGGAAGAAUGGCAGCUUCCUGGUGAGAGAGAGCCAGAGCCAUCCUGGGGAUUUUGUUCUGUCUGUUCGCACCGGGGAUGACAAGACGGACACCAGCGACAGCAAACCCAAAGUCACCCACGUCAUGAUCCGCUGCCAGCAUGACUUAAAGUACGACGUGGGUGGAGGGGAGAAGUUUGACUCGCUCACAGACUUGGUAGAGCACUACAAGAAGAAUCCGAUGGUGGAAACCCUGGGCACCGUGCUUCAGCUCAAACAGCCUCUGAACACUACACGCAUCAACGCUGCAGAGAUUGAAAGUCGAGUGAGGGAGCUGAGCAAACUAGCUGAGGCCACGGACAAGGUCAAACAAGGCUUCUGGGAAGAAUUUGAGACCUUGCAGCAACAGGAGUGCAAACUGCUCUACAGUCGCAAGGAGGGCCAGAGAGCGGAGAACAAAAACAAGAACAGAUAUAAGAACAUCCUGCCUUUCGACCACACGCGCGUGGUGCUAAAUGAUGGGGACACAAACGAGCUGGGCUCUGACUACAUCAACGCCAACAUCAUCAUGCCGGAGCUGGAGUCAAAGUGUAAUAGUACGAAAGUCAAGAAGUGCUACAUUGCCACUCAGGGCUGUCUGCAGACCACCAUCAGUGACUUCUGGAGGAUGGUGUUUCAGGAGAACUCACGAGUUAUCGUCAUGACCACCAAAGAGGUGGAAAGGGGGAAGAGCAAGUGUGUGAAAUACUGGCCGGACAUGUCGGCUCUGAAGGAGUACGGCGCCAUGCGUGUUCGCAACGUCAGAGAGACGGCAGCACACGACUACAUUUUAAGAGAACUCAAACUCUCCAAGGUUGGACAGGGGAACACAGAGCGCACAGUUUGGCAGUACCACUUCAGGGCCUGGCCGGACCACGGCGUCCCCACCGACCCAGGCGGCGUGCUGGACUUCUUAGAGGAGGUUAAUCUGAAACAGGAGAGCAUACUGGAGGCUGGGCCCAUCGCGGUACACUGCAGUGCUGGGAUUGGGCGAACAGGGACGUUUAUAGUGAUCGACAUCCUGAUAGAUGUCAUCAGAGAAAAAGGGGUGGACUGCGACAUUGACGUGCCAAAGACCAUCCAGAUGGUUCGUUCUCAGCGCUCUGGGAUGGUGCAGACCGAGGCUCAGUACAGAUUCAUCUACAUGGCUGUACAGCACUACAUAGAAACAUUGCAGAGACGCAUAGAGGAGGAACAGAAAAGUAAGAUCAAAGGGCGCGAGUACACGAACAUUAAGUACUCUUUGUCUGACUUGACUGGAGGAGAACAGAGCCCUUUGCCGCCUUGCACUCCUAUCCCGACUCCCACCUGCACAGAGAUGAGGGAGGACACCUCUAGAGUGUAUGAGAACGUGGGUCUGAUGCAACAGCAGAAGAGCUACAGAUGAGACUCAACUUCGACCCAGCGCUCUACCAGUUCCAGGAACCUGAUACCUGUAUUUUCUUUUGUUUUGUUUUGUUUUAUUUCGUUUUUCUGCCAGCCACACCUUGACGCCUGAGAACUUGACCAUGACGACGACAUGGAACAAUAGGAAACAUGAAAACAAAAAACCAAAAAACAAAAAAAAAACAAAAUGUGAGAGAGAUCGCCAGACACUAGAGUCAUCUUCUUCUCGCUCAUCCUUCACGAACGUUGGCCCUCUAGUUGUAUUCUAAACCACUGUGAUCGUCAGAAGAGCCUUUUGAGAAGCCUAACACGCUAAAUCCCCUUACUAAGCCACAGUUUGGGUUUAGCCUUCCUAAAACUCACCCCAACAAGGGCUGCAACUUGCAAGCGCUCUCAGAGGGAAAUUUUUUUAGCUAACUUUUGCUCAUCUCUUGUUUUUGUAUGUAUUUUGUCUGUGUUUUUUUUUUUUUUUUUUUUUUUUUAAUUAACCAAAGGAGAAUUACGUAGAUUGUUUGUAGAUAGAAGUAAGGAGAUUCUUGGGAGCUCCGCAGUUAAGGAAAGAGGCCUGUGCCAAAACAAGUGAAUUUAUCCACAUCUCUCCGCCAGUUUCCCUUUGGCCCAUUACGUCUUCUAAGCAGCGCAAGACCAGACCUUAUUUGCAGACAAAAAUGGGGCUACUUUCCCGUUGACGAUGCAAAAUCUAGUUUUCCUCUGUGUUAUGUAGUAUAAUGUUACUGAAUGAAGAAUUUUUGGCAUUGUAGUGUUAUUUCCAUAUUUACUGUUGAUUCCUAAUCCACUGACCCGUAAACAUGAAUUCCCUUUUCUUUUUUUUUUUGCAUAAGAACUGCCUUGAAGAGAAACUAUGAUUCAUGCUAUUAGGAGAAUGAAUUUACUUUUCGUUCAAGUUCAUGUGGGGAUAUUUUGUGUGGCUUUUUUUGGGAUACUCAGUAUCUUUUUAGUUACCAUUCCUGAGCUCAAGCCGAAUGUCCUUAAUGCUGCAUUUUUCAGCAGCAUAACAGUUACAGUCACGCCUUGAUACGCCCGAUGGAUAUAUAAGUAACCUAAUCUAGGGGAUAGAGAGAAUUUUCCAGGGGGGCACGUGUUUACUUUACCCCCCAUAAUCCUGCACUUCUACGUCAGAGUCACUGUGAUGACACGCCGAGGCUUCAGGGGCGUCAUCGCUGUGUUUUCUCAGUCGACCUAGCAGGCGUUGCCACAGACUCAUGGCUGCCAAAAAAAAAAACUUUAAUAAAGUUUUCUUUCUUUUUUUUUUAAGUGCAUAAUAUUGCCUUUUUUCUUUCAUUCUUGUUCUUUUUAAUGUCAGAUGCCUAAUUGUGUACCAUUGCCUUUUGCGAGCACCACAUGUACUUAAUUUUCAGAGUCACUGUUUUCAGAAGCAAUCACAGAUCUCGGAGCUUUGGCAGUACUGAUAGUCGUUUUUGUGGUUGUCAUAGAUUUCAGGCUCCAUGAUAGUCUGCUGGAUCAGUAGUUGUCAGGCAAAUUUGCAAUUGCACAUAUGACCUCCCCACCCACUUCUCCUCCUCCAGCGUGUGUGCACACAAGUUUCUUCCCUGGGUUGCAACCCCAGUGGAUAGAUGUAUUUUCUUUUUUUUUUUGUCAAACUAAACCUUUUAACUACUUUCUUUUCAUCCUGAAGUAAGCUACUUCAAUAACUACAGUAUUUGGGGAAGGAUGACUCCCAAGGAGAUGUUUUGUAUAUGCAUUAUAAUGCUAGCGAGAAUCCAUUCACCCACUUCAUUUCAAAUGUGUGGCCUAAGUUUUUUUUUUUUUUUUUUUUUUAAUUGUUGUUUUUCAAACUUUCCCCGUCUCUGCACAUUUUCUCACUGUUGUUCCUCAUCAGUAAACUGCAGUCCUAUGAUAUGAUUGAACCAGCUGUAAUUUGCUAACUCAGAAUCUGUCUAUCUUGAGGGGCAGCUCUUACCAACCACUGACCCAGGACUGAACAGCUUUUGGUGUUCAAACAAAUUGACCUUGAAUCAGUGUUUCUGGGCCGUCUUCUCCUGCUAUCGGUAUACUUGGCUCGUUCGAGGACUCUUUUCCUACGUGGCCGUAUCACAGCAAGUGUUCUUUGAAGUGUUUCUUUUCCUCCUGGGUGAAGACCAUUUGACUGAGUUAUGAGAUCUUCUGCAGUGUGCUGUACUGUAUGCAGUUUUCCCAUUUAUUGUAGAAUGUCUGGUUUUGUUUGUACUUGUCCAAUGUUAAGUAGAGCGCUUGUGGUGUUUUGUGUCCCGUGGGGUGUGUGUGAGUUUGUGUGUGUCUGUGUGUGUGUGUGUGUGUGUGUGUGUGUGAGAGAGAGAAAAGAUGUGCACACGUGCUUGCUGUGAGAAUAUGGCUGUUCCAGCCGUGGAUACCUGGUCUUUCUGGUUUUUGUUUUUCUUCCCAGAUCAAGAAACUGCUUUCCAUUUACCAUGUAAGCAAUUUAGAUGCAUAGAUGUGCCUUCUAUGCAUAUGCCUAUGUGUAUGUGAUAGCAUGAAUGAAACAAAAACAAAAACAAAACAGUGCUCUUUAGUUUCACCACCAUUCAAGAACCUGUAACACUUAAAUGUGAAUUCUGUCAUCCUGAACAUCCUGAACAAAAAAGGAAAAAACCGUGAUCUUAAUGCAAACAAACUAUAUUUUUUAACAUGUAUAUUGUACAUGAAUACCUGGUAGAGGAGAAUGUACUUACUAAACAUAUCUACUUGCCAAUAAGAUAUACUGUAUGUAUAUUCCUACAGCUUUCUCUCUGUGACACAGAGGGGGACCUCUCGAAAAGCUUAUGAGGUUUAUUGUAUGACUUUCAAUGCAGUUAACCAUGUUAACUUCCUCAAUAACAAUAAACGGCUAGCUCAUGCCUCAUAUU